AACCAGUUACGCAUGUCAAAGGAAUGAUAGAAACACUUUAUGUUUUUGUAUAAAUUCUGUAAGGAAAUGUAAGUGUUACAUAAUGGCAGUCAAGGUGAUCUUCAUUUUCCUGUAUAUUCUGUCAAAUUCUUUUGAAAUAUUUCUCAUUGGGAUAUGAACUUAUUCUUGCGUGAUAUAUAAUGAGAUCCAAAUUUUUUAAUUUUUGCAGUAAAUCAAUAGCAAUGUUUGGCUUCUAGGCAUUUAGAUAGAUAUCUUUUUAAUUCCCUACCAUGACACAGACAUUAGCUUAUGAGCUUUUUUUAACCUGUAUCUUAUUUCAGAACUUAUACUUGCUCCUACACUGUUUUCCACCAGUGUCUCAUUUACUGGAAUGGUAACUCUCCUGGGUCAGAAAUAACUUGUAGACCACAGAUGUAAUGUAGGUGGGUCUUUAAAAGUAUCUGUCCUAAGGAGAUUGCUUGCUGAACGGAUUUACUUCAUUUUACUCCAUUUAUAGACUCUGUUUUUCACUUUUUUAUGCUAUUAAGGCGAAUAAAUACUAAAGCUGAGAGGAACUAUAAUUUAAAAUUUUUAUAGAUUCCUUCAUAAAAUCCUGGUAAUGUUAGACUACAAUAAUGGUAACACAAAGAAUAAACAUUCCCUUUGAUAAAGUCAUUUGGGUUCUAUUUUCUCCUUAUUCUUAAUAAUAUGAGUUUAUGCAUUAUUGUUGGGUAUUUGUAUUUUAGGAGAAGGUCAAAUUAUUUUUUAUUUAAGUCAGGAUUUCUUGGACUUUUUUCUUUCUCUCCUUAAAGGCUGGUCUGUAGGUGAGAUAUGUCAUGGGAUAAACCAACCAGAUUUCCAUUCCUACUACUAUUAUUUCACUUCUUCUCUAUUCAAGGAAGCAUAUUGUAUAAUAUAAAGCAUAUUGUAUAAUAUUUCAAACUAUCCACAGCUUCACCUUCUUCCUCCCACCUCUGCACCUGAGGAAAGCAAUGAUUGGAUUAUAGUACUGCUUGCACUUCAGAAAGUGACAAUACACUGGGCUCCACAAUGAUGAGCUGGAAUACAACUGAAAAGCCUUCAUGUCCACAUUCUACAAAUGCCACCCAGAGCCAAAGUUUCAACAGGAAGGAUCUUGGGUUAGGGCUUUCUGCCAUCCACAACAGCAGCGCCGUUCCCUCCUCUGGGAGUGCUUUUGUACACUUGGCCAAAAAAUGCUUCUCUGGGGAGGUUUCUUGGGAAGCAAGAGAACUGCAUCUAAAUAUUAAGAUGGACACUGACACAAGGCAGUCUGGUUUGCACCAGUCACAUCAGAGGGGUGUGGAUUCUGGUGGCAUGACUGAGGAACACCUUGUGAAAAGAAGCUUGAAAAGAAAUUUUGAGUUAGUUGACUCCAGUUCUUGUCAGGAAAUUAUACAGAAUAAAAAAAAUUGUACAGAGCAUAAGCAUAGUAAUGAAAUGAGAGGUUGUUGUGCAAAUCAAAGUACAGGCUUAACAACUGACGUCCAGGACCUUAAGCUAUCGGUAUAUACAGGUCAGCAAAACGACGGUGUUAAUAAGAAAAUGGUUCAUUCUUUUACUGAUAAACAACAGACACCAGAAAAAUCACCUAUCCCGAUGAUAGCCAAAAACCUCAUGUGUGAGCUGGAUGAAGACUGCGACGAGCAUAAGAAGAAGGGCUACUCAAAUUCUAGUUUUCUAUGUUCUGAUGAUGAUAGAGCUCCUAAAAAUAUUUCUAUGGACUCGGAUUCAUCUUUUCCUGGAAUUUCUAUAAUGGGAAGUCCAUUAGAAAGGCAGUCCUUAGAUCCAGAUAAAAGCAUCAAAGAAUCCUCAUUUGAAGAAGCAAAUAUUGAAGACCUACUCACCGUAUCACCCAGAUGCCAGGAAAGUCCCUUGCAAGAAGGUGAUGAGAAUCCUGCUGCCCAAGACAGUAACCAAGAUAUGUUAGCUCCUUCUUCAGAGAGGUUGAAAAUACGAACCUUCUCUAAAAGAAAUGCUGUAGCUUUCCAAAGUUUUAACAGUCACACUCAUGCAUCCAGUAACUCAGAACCAUCCAAAAUGAGUAUUUCUUCUUCACAUGCAAUGACUCUUUCGUGUGCUUAUAGUGGCCCCUAUCCCAUGGCAGUAAGCCCUAUCCAAAAAGGAAGAUGCUAUAUGCCACAUCAGAAGACCCCAAAUCAAAUCAAGUUAGGAACUCCAUUCCGAACCCCGAAGAGUGUGAGAAGAGGGGCAGCCCCAGUAGAUGAUGGGCGAAUCCUAGGGACCCCAGACUACCUGGCACCUGAGCUGUUACUCGGCAGGGCCCACGGUCCUGCAGUGGACUGGUGGGCACUUGGAGUUUGCUUGUUUGAGUUUCUAACAGGAAUUCCCCCUUUCAAUGAUGAAACACCACAACAAGUGUUCCAGAAUAUUCUCAAAAGAGAUAUCCCUUGGCCUGCAGGUGAAGAAAAGUUAUCUGAAAAUGCUCAGAGUGCAGUAGAAAUACUUUUAACCGUUGAUGAUACAAUGAGAGCUGGAAUGAAAGACCUAAUACAUCAUCCUCUCUUCAGUGAUGUAGACUGGGAAAAUCUGCAGCAUCAAACUAUGCCUUUCAUACCCCAGCCAGAUGAUGAAACAGAUACAUCCUAUUUCGAAGCCAGGAAUAAUGCUCAGCACCUGACCGUAUCUGGAUUCAGUCUAUAACACAUACAUUUUUCCCUGUAAUCUAACCUGUCUUAUUGAAUAAGCUAGCAAGCUUACAUACUCCGUAAUACUAGAUUAAUCUAAGAGAAGAAUAUCAUUAAUUUGUCUGGAUCAGUGAAAUUUUAAUGUAACAACUUCCACAGAGUUAAAAGGCUAUCAAGAAUAUAACCAGUAAGUUAUCUUGCUCUCAGAACUGUAUAUAGGCUUCCAAAGCUAUUUUCAUCUUAUUUUGGUACUGCACUUUAUGGAAAUUAAUAUAUCAAUAAAAGUAAAAUGAUACCA